AUGAAAUUAUUAUUGCCUUUUGUAGGCAAUCCAUAUCUAUGUGGAGCUCCCUUAGAAUCUUGUACAUCUUCCAAGAAACUAUCCAAAGCUGUGAUCGCAACCGUGAUCACAGCCGUGGUGGCGGCACUAAUAGCCGUAGCAACCGUGUUUGUGAUCCUUCGCCACCGCAAGAGAGCGGCGGAUUCAGGCGGCAUGAAGGGCGGGAAAGAGGAUUCAGGCGGCGGUGGGUCGUCACACCACAAGAAAAAGGGCGAUUUGAGGAAACUGACGUUCUUGAUGGAGGAAAGAGAGAUAUUUGAGCUGUCGGAAUUGUUGGGAGCUUCGGCUGAGAUUCUGGGAAGUGGGUAUUUUGGGACGUCGUAUAAGGCGGCUCUGAAGAACGGAAAAAUGAUGGUUGUGAAGAGAUUUACCCAGAUGAAUAAUGUGGGGAAAGAAGAGUUUCAAGAACAUAUGUGGAAUUUGGGGAGUUUAAGACAUAAGAAUUUGAUGCCACUUGUGGCUUUCUAUAAUAGGAAGGAGGAGAAGCUAAUUGUCACAGAUUAUGCACCAAAUGUUUCAUUGUCUAUUCAUCUACAUGGGAAUCGAUCUCUUGGCCAAACACUUGAUUGGCCAACUCGGUUGAAGAUCAUCAAGGGAGUAGCAAAUGGUCUUCAAUGUCUUUACAAUGAGCUCCCUAGCUUAAUUGCCCCUCAUGGCCAUCUCAAGUCUUCAAAUGUCCUUCUUAACGAGUUCAUGGAGCCUCUUCUAGUCGAUUAUGGCCUAAUCCAUGUGGUCAAUUCCGAACAAGCCCAAGAAUUCAUGGUGGCCUACAAAUCGCCUGAAUACAAACAAAGUCGUCGAAUCACAAAGAAAACAGAUGUAUGGAGUUUUGGAAUAUUAAUCCUAGAAGUUAUAACAGGAAAGUUCCCAACCAGUUGGUGGGAACAAGGCAAGGGAAAUGACACCGAUUUGGUGUCUUGGGUGGAUUCAUUGGCUCAAGAGGCUCUAUCUGAAUCAGUAUUUGACAAUGACAUGCGAGCCAUAAAUGGGAGCGAGGGAGAGAUAAUGAAGUUGUUGCGAAUAGGGUUGGCAUGCGCUGAUUCGAAUGUGAAAAAGAGAUAUGAUCUAAAGGAGGUUUUGGAGAAGCUUGAGGAGGUGAAAGAGAGAGAACAUGACGACGAGUUCUACUCAUCCUACGCUAGCGAAUGCGAUGCUCGGUCCUCUAGAGGACUCUCCGAUGAUUUCCUUUUCAUUUAA